AUGGCAGACACGAUUAAAAUUGAUGUUGAGUUCACUGGCGGACUGGAACUGCUCUUCUCCAACCAAAGAAAUCACAAAGUCUCAUUACCAGCACAAGAUCAAGACGGAAAAGCAGCAAACAUCGCAUUCUUGAUCAAACAUCUAUGCGAAAACCUUAUGACUGAUCAAAAACGAGAACUCUUCCUCCUAGACGAAUCUGUUCGUCCAGGUAUCCUUGUCUUGAUCAACGACGCAGAUUGGGAACUCGAAGGCGAGGAUCAGUAUGAGCUUCAACCAAGAGAUCAGAUCGUCUUUGUCUCUACUUUACACGGCGGAUAG